AGAGGGGUGGAUGUAAUGUAUGACCUUGAGAUGUGUUUCUGAAUGGCUCACCUGCAGCAGACAAGAAUGUUCCAUGUUUAUCACCUUAGUCUGUUCAAUUGUAAGGCAACAAUGAUGUCCUAUGAAGAAGAGAAACCAGUCCAAUGCCAUCAGCUUUGAGAAGGGGGAAGAUCUUGUGAGCACCACCUUAAUCCUUCCCUCCCAGCCCCCAAGCUCUACAGAGGACUCCUAAUCCCAACGUACACCUGCUCUCUGCUGUCAGUAUUAUGAAUCGUCUUGACCUUGACUGCCUCUGCCCAGGUUCUCCUGGAAGAAUGGCUGAAAAUUUAGGAAAGUAUGAAAAGGACAUCCCUUCUAUGUCACAGGAGAACUCCCACACGAGUUUGGAUGAUGUGCAGGGACCAGAACUUGGCAAAUGUGCAAGAACCAAAUCCAUCCUCACCAGCCUUCUCAAGGUGCCCCUGAUGUUUGGCUUUUUGUACCUGUUUGUGUGCUCGCUUGAUGUGUUGAGCUCUGCCUUUCAGCUGGCAGGAGGUAAAGUGGCAGGGGACAUUUUCAAGGAAAACACUAUCCUCGCUAAUCCAGUGGCAGGGCUCGUGGUGGGAAUCCUUGCCACUGUCCUGGUUCAGAGUUCCAGCACCUCCAGCUCCAUUGUGGUCAGCAUGGUCUCCUCAGGGUUGCUGGAUGUAGCUUCUGCCAUUCCCAUCAUCAUGGGUUCCAACAUUGGUACCUCAGUCACCAACACCAUUGUAGCACUUAUGCAGGCCGGUGACCGAAAUGAUUUUAAGAGGGCCUUUGCAGGGGCCACCAUCCAUGACUGCUUCAAUUGGUUAUCAGUAUUGGUUUUGCUGCCACUUGAGGUGGCCACCAGUUAUUUAUACCGAAUCACCAACAUUGUUGUGACAACCCUCAAGUUUCGUGGUGGACAGGAUGCUCCAGAGCUCCUGAAAGUAAUCACAGAGCCUUUCACUAGUCUUAUUAUCCAGCUGGAUAAGUCGGUGAUCACAGGCAUUGCCACAGGCAAUGAGAGCUUGUACAACCAAAGUCUGAUCCAGGUGUGGUGUGAAGCAUCAUCCAGGCAGAUUUCUUCUAGCAGCACGAGAGGAAGACUCCUGAAUUGCAGCUCCCUUGCACUAUGCCACCUGGGAAGUUCUGGCAAUGUCAGCACUGCAAUGCUACAGAAAUGCCACCACCUAUUUGUGGAAACCUCGCUGCCUGACCUGGCUGUUGGACUCCUGCUGCUGGCUGGGUCGCUGAUCAUGCUAUGUACCUGUCUCAUCAUGCUGGUUAAGCUACUCAACUCUGUGCUCAAAGGCCAGGUAGCCAGAGCAAUCCGGAAGGUCAUCAACAUAGAUCUGCCGUUCCCAUUUAGCUGGGUCACUGGUUACUUCGCCAUGUUUGUUGGUGCUGGAAUGACCUUUGUGGUGCAGAGCAGCUCUGUCUUUACAUCAGCGAUCACACCACUCAUUGGUGUUGGAGUGAUUAGCUUGGAGCGUGCUUAUCCACUUACCCUGGGUUCCAACGUUGGAACUACAACCACUGCUCUCCUAGCUGCCUUGGCCAGUCCAGGAGACAAAAUGGCCAGUGCUGUACAGAUUGCUCUCUGCCAUUUCUUCUUCAACAUCUCUGCAAUCUUGCUGUGGUAUCCUCUGCCUUGCACCCGCCUCCCCAUCCGAAUGGCCAAAGGGCUUGGGAAGCAGACAGCCAAAUACCGCUGGUUUGCAGUCUUCUACCUGAUCAUGUGCUUCCUGCUGUUGCCAUCACUGGUGUUUGGACUCUCUCUGGCAGGAUGGCGGGUCCUGGUGGGUGUGGGAGCCCCUUUCUUGAGCCUUCUGUCUUGUGUGGCCUUUGUCAACUUCUUGCAGUUGCGAAGCCCCAGUCGACUGCCUCAGUGGCUUCAGAGCUGGGACUUCCUCCCCUACUGGCUACGCUCCUUGCAACCCAUGGAUGGGCUGAUCACCAGGACCCUGCAGUGUUGCAAUGACCGUUGCUCAGGCAGUCAAGAAGAACGCAGUGAUAUGCCUCCCCAAAGGAAAACCAAAGCAGGCCUGGGUAAUCCUUCACUCAGCUUCUUGAAGGAAUUAUCUCUUCCACCAAAACCAUCAUCCUGUUUGAAUUCAGAGUCAGCACACAGUGCUACCCGCCUAUAAGUUGGGAAGGAAUAAAGUUCCCAUUCUUGCCUACAAAAGGAGGAUGCUCAGUAGAAAAGGAAUGAUUGAGGUAAUUUUUGAAGGCAAGAAGGUGCAUCUGCCACUUUGUGUGGCUGUAUGUGUGAUGAAUCUGAAUGUUUGGUGUUGCAUGUACUACUGCCAUGUGUUCAUCUGUGUCCCAGCCGUUGUGGGUUCAUCUGCUAUUUUGCAUGACUCUGCAUGGGAUGCAUGAUUAUGCUGGUAACUGCAAACAACUGUCACUGUGCAUAUCCUUGUGUGUAGUGUGCAUUAAUGAACAACUAUAAAAUCAUGUCUCAA